AAGGAUUCACGAUUUAUCGGUAAGAUGAGCUAUGGCGAUGUUUGCAAAAUCCAUAGCCAUUCACAAGACGGCCAGUCCGGCUUUAAAAACAUUGUCAUUAUAAACUGCAUUAUCAAUGCUGCGCUGCUUCUCAUAUCCAUCCUGGGCAACGGUUUGGUAUUGACUGCUGUUAUAAGGACACCUUGCAUUCGAACAACAUCGAUGAAGAUACUGUCAAAUCUGGUUUUUUCUGACUUUCUUGUGGGUCUUAUUACACAACCGCUAUAUAUUGCUAAGGAACUUACCAGAGACCGUUGCUUGGACAUCCUUUGGGACACAGUUGCAUAUUCAUUUUGCGGAGUUUCUUUGUUGAUCAUCACGGCCAUAAGUGUGGAUCGAUUUUUGGCUUUACACCUCCAUAUGCGAUACGCCGCUGUAAUGACGAAAUCGCGAAUCAAUUCAGCCAUAGCUAUCAUUUGGCUUGGAAACUUUCUAUCGUCGCUUUUCUUCUUUUGGAGCAGUUUUGCGUAUCACCUUAUGAUCGCUAUUGUGACAGGAACCUGUCUGAUAAUUUCUACAUUUUCAUAUAUCUACAUUUUUGUGGUUGUUCGGAAACAUCAGCAGCAGAUUCAUGCUCAGCUAGGCGCCAUGCAAGCGCCUUCUACGGGAACCGCCAGGGACAUGCGAAUGCUGCGUCUGAAAAAGAGCUUUGUAAACACUUUCGUUUUUUAUGUAAUCUUGGUCAUGUGCUAUCUUCCAAUGUACAUUUUAUUAACUCUCCAUGGCAUCUCACACCAGCCUUGGCCGGAAGAAUGGAACUUUGCUACAACUUUGAUAUUCAUGAAUUCGGCCAUAAAUCCAUUUCUGUAUUGCUGGCGUUUGUGCGAUCUCCGGGAAGCAGUUAUCCAGACUGUUAGGAGGUUGGUCAUUAGAGACGACAAUCAAGAGCAUGUGGUGAAUAUGUAG